AUGGAACUCGAAUUCGAAGACCCAACAGGGGGAUACGAUAUCUACAACGACGCCUACAGAGAUAGUAGUUCCUGUGGCCUUUGUAGAUUUGGUUUCUAUGAAGGAGAAGAGGUCAUUUCCUACUCACGCUCCACAUUCAAGCCCUGUAUCUACAGUACCAAACGAGGUCGCCCUCUUAUGCCAUUUCACUCUGAAUGUUUCCUGAUGGUUGGUGAUAAGCCGUUUCACAACGUCGCCGUCGCCGCCGCCACCUAUCGUGGCCUUCGCUUUGAGGGACCCCAACGUCUAGAACGCCGUCGUCGCCGGUGGCUGGUGGACACUUUUGCACAGGACCUUUUCCAGACUCUUCACGGGCGUCUCCCGCAAGACGUUUGCGGAAAUAUUGCUGUCUACUGUGUUCGUCAACGAGCUGCCCAGGCCUUGGAGCAGCUAUGUUCCAAGGGCCCCCUCCGAUCAGGAAAGAUAUCAGUUCCCAUUCACCGUGGUGUGACUCUAUGGGCUCAGUAUGUCUACUUCGAGGGCAAUCGGUACAUUCGGUCGUUUUCCUAUGCUUCACGCGGUGGUGAAGAGGAUAUUGUUCUUGAUUGGGACAGGGAGAAACUGCCUAACAUCUUCAUCCGCCAUAACGGGCUAGGAGUCAGCAAGUUUAUCGUCACAGAAGAAGAUCUUGCGGAGUUCAAAGACGACGGCCCUUGUGAGAUACGAUGGGCUAUACCAGCAGCACCAGCGAAGCACUCGCCGAAAAUCCCACUUCCCAAGGGCCUUGAUUCUGUAUUCGUACGAGCCUUUGAUUGGAACAAACCUGGAACACUGGGCUACUCUUUUCAUGUUUUAGACAACGUGAUUCUUCAUAUGAACUCCCACCAGGCUGGAUCGCCACCAGCUUCUGAGGAAUAUUCCCGAGCUGACUUCCCCAAUGUCGCGCGACUCUAUCUUGCCAUGAGCCCUGGCGAGAGUGUCUCCGAGCUCUGGAUUCGCACUUAUCACGAACAUCGUUCCACACUUAUCGUCGUCACGAAUCAUGGCCGCAGUCUCGUCGUUGGUACUCAGGCGAAUGAGCCGGGUGCAACAUAUCAUGCAAUUGCCAAGCUACCCCAGAACAAGCCUUGUCCUAUGUUUUACAUGGAGGCAUGGUCUGAAAGAAUUGGUUGGCUUCACUUCGAUUCCGUGCCCACAUGGCGGUAUGCAGAACAGCGUGAAAUCCAUCCUCCCUGGAGAAGUGCGCCGAGACCUCGGCGAUCCUGGCUUCCGUCAUCCUAUCACACAUCAGCGAAACUGGAUGAUGUCAGAGAGGUUACGCCCUGUAAAUUUUGGCAAACUUGGUACUUUGACGAGGGCGAAAAGAUCACAGGGUUGCUGCUCACUUACACUGAUGGUAGUCGAGGCUCUGUCGGUGAGAUUCGUCCCGAUAAACUGGGAACACCGGUAGCGGUGACUUCAGAUACUAUGUUCUUUCGGUACAAAGGUCCUUUUCGCGACGGCCCGGACGCUCUCAGUCACAUGGUGGAAUAUGGACUCGACUGGUUCGGGUUUUCAGAACCACUCGCCUUGGCCUCCUCCGCUGAGGAGAGUGAACAUACCAGCACAGAACUUUCCGAGCAUGAAGGCGGGUCCGAGGCCGAUUCUAGUGAAGGAAGUGAUUCUGACGGCCUCGUCAACUAUACAAACACCAUGGUAGUGCCCAUGAAUGGGCGCCUUGACUGGAUGGUGAGACCUGAUGAGGGCAACAUCCUGUCUCAUCAUGAAUGCAGUACCCCAAAGCAUGAGAUGCGUGAUGUCCUUGCUGAGCACGCGACAACAACUACAGAGGACCCAGUAGUGAAAUCAGUGACCAGCCUGAUUGGCGAUAUCAGUCCCAAGAAUCUUGACUUGGUUUAUCAAAAUGCCGAAAGCAACGGCAACUACGACAUCUUCGGGCUUUGA